AUGCGCCAAAUUCAAGGAGUUAUUAGAGAAAUCAACGAGAUGAGACAGUUCGCCUGCUUUGGAACAGAGCCAUUCUUUGAAUCUGUCCAUGACGUUCAAUACCAAAGAAAAAAUAGAUCUCUAAUUUCUUUGAAAGAAGCCGUCAAGGGGCGCGUCGGAAUGGAUAUCGACAAGAGUGAAACAAUGAGUGAUUGGACCAGAGAAGUCCUCACUAUUAAUCAAAUUCUCUACGCUGCGAUGGAUGCGUUGGCUGUGCACUACAUCUGGUCAGGGAGAUCUUGGUUGAACACCAUCUCCACCAUCUCAACCGCCUCCGCCGAACACCAAGUCUCUCUGUCCCCUACCGUACUCCGACGUCCCUCCAUCUCCCCUCCACCUCUCCAAAGUCUCCGUCUCCCCUACCGUACACCGACUCCAUUAUGUUCAUUAAUUUUUUAUGUCUAA